AUGCCCGUCACACGUGUAGCCGCCUGCCACCUCGCACCCGUCUCUCUCAACGCUCGAGCAGCAGCCGACGGGAUAAUGACACAUGUGCGGCAGGCCGCCGCAGACGCAGCCAACCUUGUCGUGUUCCCCGAAGCAUAUAUCUCGGCAUUCCCGUUAUGGAGUGCUCUACGCCCUCCGACCGAGAAUCACGACUUGUUGCAUCGCAUGGUCGCCGAGUCCGUCUACGCGGAUGGGGAGGAAGUGCAGACACUCCGGGAGACCGCGCCGGUCAUCUCCGUCGGCAUCUCGGAGAAGACGCGUUCCGGCGUAGCUUGUCUCUACAACUCCGACCUCGUCAUCAGCGAGCGAGGACAAGUCGCUGCGCACCACCGCAAACCGAUGCCAACCCUUUUCGAGAAACUCAUUGGGAGUCCCGGGGAUGGAUUUGGUCUUCGGGUGGCCGACACGCCCUCUGGACGUAUCGGGGGCCUCAUCUGCGGGGAAAAUACAAACCCGCUGGCUCGGUACUCGUUGAUGGCGCAGCGCGAGCAGAUUCAUAUUUCAUCGUGGCCGCCAAUGUGGCCGACUCGACUGAACACGACACCUGGAGUGGCGGAGGCCGUCAAGAGCAAGCCAAACUACGACGACGUGCUCGCCGACAGAAUCAGGGCGGCAGCGCACUGUUUCGAGGCCAAGGCAUUCGGCAUCAUGUGCAGUGCGUUCCUGGACGAGAGGGGCAUCGAUGCAGUGACGGAGGGGGCAAGUGAUCCGGACCUUGUCCGCCGGGAAUUGCGCAUCGGACCUCGCGGGGCCACCAUGGUCCUGGACCCGACCGGGGCGCCCUGCCCAUCUUUCAUGGUCGACAAGAGCACGGGGGAGCACAUGCCGGUCGAUUACCUACAAAACGAGCAAGGCGUGCUUUACCCCGACAUUGAACUGGAUCGCUGCAUAGAGGGAAAACAGUAUCACGAUGUCGUUGGUGGCUACCAACGCUUGGAUGUCUUGAAGCUGGAGGUUAAUCGGACAAGGCGCAACCCCGUGAUGUUCACAGAAGACACUUCGCCGCAGCUUGAGCACGCUCAUUCAAACUGGCAGGUCCCGGAGUGA